AUGGGAUCUCGCGUUCCUCCUCGCCGCCCAGAAGAGCUUUCACAAGAAGAGAAAGCAGAGUAUGAUACCUUUUCUGAGCAACUGGUCUCUGGCGGGUUCAAUGAGAAGAUAUUCCGCUGGAAAGACGACAAUGGAGCCCUCAUAGGCCCUCUUGCGCUGUUCAUGGCUUACCCAAAUCUUGGGCACCGAGCCACGGAUCUCAUCUUCAGCGUGGGCAGCCUCAAAGGCUUGCCCAAUGAUGCGAAGGAGACUGCCAUCCUCGUGUGUGGAGGCAACUUUCAGGCUGCUUAUGAGCUCUAUGCACAUGAGAACGUGGCAGAAAAGGCGGGCUAUUUGAACAAAGCCCAGAUUGAAGCGAUCAAGGAGAACCGGAAGCCAGCGGAUCUCAACAGCGACUGCAGUCUCGCGUACGACGUAGCAAGACAUUUGUGCAGCACUCCUGGACCGUUACCGGCAGAGCUGUGGCAGAGCUCAGUCGAGGCCUUCGGUAAAGAAGGCGCAAUCGCCUUGGUGCAAUUUACGGCCCUGUACUCCUACAUAUCCAUCACUUUGAAUGGGCUGGAUGUGCCGAUCCCCACCAAUUGAGACGCAGCGAGCUAUGCGGUGUUGUCGCUCUCUGCAUAGUCGGAGGCAGGCCCCGUAGCAGGCGGACUUGGUUCCAGAGUUAUGGGCCAAUGAGAUCAGCGGGGAAGUGAAUCGAUCGACGGGCAUCGCAGUGUCACCCGCAGAGUUAGCAACUACUACUACAUUCACUUCGCACAGCUUUCGACCAUGUUUCAUCACCCAUUUUGGCUCACAAUUAG